AUGGGCGACGCCAACCAGAACAGCAACAGCGCCAACACUCCAGACGCCUCUAGCCCCCCGCUCAAGCCUCGGGACAAUGUGGAGGACGUGGAGAUGCAGGAAGCCGGAGACCUUGACGAUCCCACCUCCUGCCCCUUCACGUCUCCCUCGAAGCGCGUCGUCUAUAGCGACCGCUUCAUACCGAGUCGGGCAGAGUCGUCGCAUCUGAACUACAGUGUGCUGGAAAGGGACAUGGCGGCCGCGGAAGUGUCGAAGAGCGGCCUGUCCCGGGAGGAUUUCAACCCAGCCUACAACCUGCUGCUUCAAUCGGAGCUCCUUGGGUACAGGAGCUCUCAACCGAUCUCGCCAGACAAGCAUGUGCAGCUUGAGCAGCUCAAGUCACCAAGAAAUGGGAAGAGGAAGAUGCUCAGGUUCAAGAGUGGGGACUGUGAAGCCCCUUCCGGUGGGCCCUCACCACAGUCACCAUACUCUAAAUCCCCUCUUGGUGGCGAUGGUGUGCUGGGGGCGUCAGUCCCAAUGCACAGGAGGGCCCCAAGGCGCAUCGCAAGGGCACCGUUCAAGGUUCUGGAUGCUCCGCAACUGCAAGAUGACUACUACUUGAAUCUUGUGGACUGGUCAACACAAAAUGUCCUGGCUGUGGGACUUGGCACAUGCGUGUACCUGUGGAGUGCGUGCACAAGCAGGGUCACAAAACUUUGCGACCUGGCCCCCAGCGACAGUGUUUGUUCUGUUGCGUGGUCGCAAAGGGGCACCUACCUGUCAGUUGGCACGCACCUUGGAGACGUCCAGCUCUGGGACACCCAGAAGCUGGAGAAGCUGAGGACAAUGGGGGGGCACAGGGUGCGAGUGGGGACCAUGUCUUGGCACACUCGCCUGCUGUCUUCAGGAAGCCGGGACAGGAACAUUCUACAGCAUGAUGUACGAGUGAAGGAAAACUACGUCAGCAAACUCGUUGGCCACAAGUCUGAAGUUUGUGGACUGAAGUGGUCACCCGAUGACAGGCAGCUGGCAUCAGGUGGCAAUGACAACCAGCUGUACAUCUGGGAGCUCAACUCCACAAGCCCCCUGCUCCAGUUCAAGGAACACUCGGCAGCAGUCAAGGCUAUAGCCUGGUCCCCUCACCAACAUGGACUCCUUGCUUCUGGUGGCGGCACUGCAGACAGAUGCAUCAGGUUUUGGAAUACAACAACCAACAUGGCCUUGAAUUCAGUGGACACUGGCAGCCAAGUGUGCAAUUUGUCAUGGUCCAAGAAUGUGAACGAGAUCGUGAGUACACAUGGGUACAGUCAGAAUCAGAUAAUCGUGUGGAAGUACCCAUCGAUGACAAAAUUGGCAACACUCACAGGCCACACUCUGCGAGUUCUGUAUCUGGCUGUGUCCCCAGAUGGUCAGACUAUUGUCACAGGCGCAGGUGAUGAAACCCUUCGCUUCUGGACUGUAUUCCCAGGCCCCAGGUCUCAAGCAGGCGAAAACGAUGCAAAUGUGUCCUUCAUGAGAAGCCAGAUUAGGUAG